CCCCGCCCCCCGUGUUCAGCGAGCUGGUCGGACUGAGCGGGGACGGGAGGGCAGACAAAGCGAGCGCUGACCCGAUGAAUGGGGGGGAGAGCGGCGGCGGCGGUGAGGGCAUGCGGCGGCGGUGACCCCCCGGCUGACCAGGUGAGUGCGGGGGCCGGGACGGACCGGGAGCGGGUUCGUGGGUUAUCGCACUGCCCCCGGGAGGCUCCAGUUCCGGUUUGAGGUGGGCAGAGGCCUGUAUCCUCCAUACAGCCACACAGCAUGUCAGCAGCCCUGCUCCCCACAGAGCAUGAUCCCCGGCCCACCAUGCUGCCCUGCCCAGCCCUCCCCCGGGGAGAGAUCCCCCCUCCCCCCCCCAUAAUACCUCUAGAUCGUAAGCUCAUGGGCCAACAUGCCAGACACUUACCAUCGGUCUACCUGCAGCAUGUGAUUGCUACACACUACACUGUAGUAUUUGUCGUGUGCUUUCCAUCUGCCUGUAGAAGAUUGUUCUCUCAACUCACCAGUAUUACCUUUAGAUUGUAAGCUCAUGGGCCAACAUGCUAGCCACUUACUAUGGGUUUUUCCUGCAGCAUAUGCGUGCUGCAUACUACACUGUAGCAUUUGUCAUGUGCUUUCCAUUUCCCUGAGGAAGAUUGUUCUCUCCACUCUCAGUUAUUACCUUUAGAUUGUAAGCUCAUGGGCCAGCAUGAUAGCCACUUCCUAUGAAAGUGCAGCAAGUGGUAAGGAUCUUCGCCGCGUACAGUGGUAUGGAAUAUGUUGGCAAUGAUAAUAUGCUGCAGAAUGUAAUCUCUCCAUGGGUUAAAGGACCACUCUAGGCACCCAGACCACUUCAGCUUAAUGAAGUGGUCUGGGUGCCAGGUCCCUCUAGGAUUAACUCCCAUGGUAAUGAUCUUCACAGUGUACAGCGCUACAGAAUAUGUUGCCAGUUAUAAACAUUAAUAUGCUGCAGGGGAAUCAAACCCAAAAUAAACUGCCUGUACGGUUUAGUGGUUUUCCUUGUAGCAUAUGAUUGCUACAUGUUAGAUUGCAGCAUUUAGCAUGUGCUUUCCAUCAGACUGAGUAAGAUUCUUGUCUACACUCUCCUGUAUUGCGUUUAGAUUGUAAGCUCGUGAGCCAUCAUGCUUGCCACUUCCUAUGAAAGUGCUGCAAAUGGGCUUUACGCCUAUGAUAAGGAUCCUCAAAUUGUACAACUCUACGGCAUAUGUUGGCAGCUAUACAUAAUAAUAUGCUGCAGGGGGGAAUCAAACCCAAACCAAACUGCCUCCAUGAGUUAAUUUCACGGUAGCAUAUGAUUGCUACAUACUAGAUUGAAGCAUUUGUCAUGUGCUUUCCGUUAGCCUGAAGAAGAUUGUGUGUUCAUGAACACAUGAUGGCUUUAGCCACCCUAAAAUGGGUAAUAGUUAACUUCUGGCCUUGCGUCUUUAUGAUGCCCAAGUAGUACGGGUACAGUAAUGGUAACUGUGCACACUGCACACCCAUUUGAAUGUGAAUAGAAUUGAAAGGGACAUGGACCGUAUUGUCACUCCCAGUAGUGCCUUCACUCUACCUCUAUCCUAUAGAUACAAUGUAAGGGUAUUAAUGCAACAUGUCAGGUGCAGUAUUGUACAUAAGUACAUGCAGGUAAAUAGAGUAUGUUUCAUUUUGUCUGAGUUCUAAAUAUGCUAAACUACUAUGAACAGGAUCCACCCAUUUGCUGAAAACAUUGGACCUUAAAUUUAGACCCAAAUUUAUACCUAAUCUUGAACUGCCAACUUGUUUUAAUUUAGUUCAAAUAACUUCAGUGAAAUAAGAUGGAACCACAUCUAAGGACUGUAGAAGAACUAUAUCUAAGCCAUGAUCUUUCUAAUUUAACAAAUGCAAACAUCAAAUUAUAUAAUUAUAUUAUUCACCUUUACUUAUUCUAGUGUGAUUAUAACACUCCGCUAUGGCUAGUCUACGGCAGUGUAAUUUUAAAACUCCAUCCACUAUGGCUAGUUCUCUGCAAUGUUUGUGCCUUUAACCAAGUCACAUUUGCAGUAUUUGGGCGGUCUCUUCUCCUUAUUAAACAUCCUAUGUGGUGGUAAAAUAAAAACAUAUUCUAUUAAAAGAACACUAUAGGCACCUAAAUUACUUAAGCUAAAUAAAGCAGUUUUAGUGUAUUGAUCAUUCCCCUGCAAUUUCACUGCUCAAUUCACUGUCAUUUAGGAGUUAAAUCACUUUGUUUCUGUUUAUGCAGCCCUAGCCACACCUCCCCUGGCUAUGAUUGACAGAGCCUGCAUGAAAAAAAAACUGGUUUCACUUUCAAACAGAUGUAAUUUACCUUAAAUAAUUGUAUCUCAAUCUCUAAAUUGAACUUUAAUCACAUACAGGAGGCUCUUGCAGGGUCUAGCAAGCUAUUAACAUAGCAGGGGAUAAGAAAAUCUUAAUUAAACAGAACUUGCAAUAAAGAAAGCCUAAAUAGGGCUCUCUUUACAGGAAGUGUUUAUGGAAGGCUGUGCAAGUCACAUGCAGGGAGGUGUGACUAGGGUUCAUAAACAAAGGGAUUUAACUCCUAAAUGGCAGAGGAUUGAGCAGUGAGGCUGCAGGGGCAUGUUCUAUACACCAAAACUGCUUAAUUAAGCUAAAGUUGUUCAGGUGACUAUAGUGUCCCUUUAAUUAUGAAUUGAAUAAGAUGGAUAGAACUGUUGUAGAAUGUGUGUUCUGCAUUCGCCAAUCACUCUUUUGGAUAUAUGUAGCGGACAGCUUCAUUUGUAAAAUAUAGAGUACAAGACUUUACACCAUUAUUUGAAAUUAUUAUUAUUGCCAUUUAUAUAGCGCCACAGAUUAUGUAGCACUUUACAAUAUUAUGAGAGGGGGUAUUAAGCUAUAAAUAUGACAAUUACAAGAAAACUUACAGGAACGAUUGGUUGAGGAGGACCCUGCUCAAAUGAGCUUACAGUCUACAGGGGGUGGGUUGUUAAACACAAUUGUCCAGUAAAUAGCAAUUAAAAUAGGUUGGAGUGAAGCAGAGCUGAAGGAGAGCGUAGAGUGCUGCCCUUUAUAAGAGAGCAAGAGACAGGUAUGUGAGGUAGAGGUUACUUUGGCAUGCCAUAAGUUUUCCUAAAGAGAUGGGUUUUGAGGCACCCACGAGAAGUUCUGCAAGCGUGAGUUGGCCGUACGGGUGCGAGCAGUGGACAGGAGAAGGUCACGGGCAGAGCGGAGAGACCGAGAAGGGGGCAUACCUACGGAUCUGUGAUGAGAUAUGAGGGGCUAGAAUUGUUCAAUGCUUUAUAGCUAUGGGUUAGAACUUUGAAUUGACUCCUAUAGGAUACAGGAAGCCAAUGUAAGGACUGACAAAGGUGUGAGAGGACCGACUACAGAGGAAAAUCAGUCUGGCGGCAGCAUUCAUUACAGACUGUAGCGGGGCAAUACGGUUUUUGGGAAGACCAGUUAGGAGAGGGUUACAAUAAACAGUAGGGAGAUUAUAAAUCUAAUGUUUUAAAUCGGUCACUUUUUUUCUGUCUUGCUUUCAUUUUUUGCUUCCUGUCAUUUUUUGCUUCAAUAGCAUUUUCCCACCAUUAUUAAUUUGGCAGUUAUUUGAAAUAACAAUUUCUGCGAAACUGGUAGAAUUUACUACAAAGAAAAUUGUCACUUUCUAGAUCACUUUACUAAAUGCGAUCAACAUAAUGAGGGGAUUUAAACAUCGCUUAUCUGAAUGCUUUAAUAAUUAUCUAGCCAAUGUUUUGAUUUACAUUGGUUGUAUUCCAGAUUAAAUGUCUAUAGAUUGUUUACUGGCAUGGUGAGCAUAAAAGGGCAGGUUUGCAAAGCCUUAUUUUUGCAGCAGGUUGCGGAUUCUAAUAAGCCUUCAGGUUUAAAUAUCCUAUUCGUGGCGUGAGUAUGUUGCAUAUUUUUGAACAGUAAACAUUGUCAAACUAAGGGUCUUUUUAGAAUUGUCAGUGAGUGUCGCAGCGUGUUUUCAUCUUAUAUAGGGGUCUUUGUCAAUAUAAGACUCAUACAGGGUCAAAAUGCUUCUGGAUUUCUCUUUGUGUUUAACGAAUACAGCUCACUUCAAGAUUUCACAGAAUGGUUGUGGAGGUCCUAAUCGGGCAGUGCACCACGGUUGGCGAGCCUUUCUGCUGAUUUUUACAGGCUAUGUAUUAACAGCAACAUAAAUGACCCCACAGUCACUGUUUGUUUUGUAUUCUGAAACCACACGCUGAGAAUCCUCUUUGUCAGACCAGUUAAACACAUUUUACUUGCUGUUAUCGUGAAUCUGACAACAGCAAAUAUUCAGUUGUGAUCCACAAGAGCAUUGUAAGCUUGUUUAUGUUUUGUCCGUUCAUGUAGAAGUACUUGUGGACUAGUGAACAAAGUUUAACGUUUGUUUGCCUACUCAUUAAUAACACCAAAAAAACCUGCAAGCAGGUUGUCUAGUUUCCAUUGACCACCACAGGUAUGUGCUCAGCCCUUUAGUUUGGUUUGAGCCAGUCUUCUCUAUUGUUCCUCUUGUAUGAGGAGGAGGGGAGGACGAGACUGUUCAAGACACAUCUUCAUGUUUCACCGGAUCACUGUCCAGAUCUUCUGAAAGGAAAUAAGUAGGCAAGGGGUGGAGAGACAAUUUGAACCAUUUCAUUUUCAACAAAAGCUUCUCUUAAGUUAAGCAUUGAAUUCCGCUUGUUACUCUACGAUCCUAAAGGUUUGCUACAAUGAUGCAGGUGUGAUCGCACCAGUAUUGUAGACUGAAAUGUGUUUGUUAGUUUUUUUGUUUUUUUUGUUGUUUUUCUUUUUAUCAAAAAGUACAUGGUUAUCAAAGAUAACUACACAUGCCAAGCAACAGGAAGUGUGUGGGGAGGGAGAUUAUCAGGGAAACAGACACAGCUAGUCCAAAAAAGAUCACAUAAGGUGAAUUACCACCCUGUGUUUAGCUUUCAGGGGUUAAGUGAUUGUGUGGGCAGUUUCUGUAAAACUGCUUUACAAGCUGAAGUGGGGAGCGAGUGAUGUAUUCUAGAAUUAGUUUAUGAUUUUAUUAACUGCAUUUAAUAGAGGCAGGUACUAAGGCAAAACAUGAACUUAGGACUUGCUUCAGAAACUUCUGAGAGCCGUAGUAUAAUUAUCAAAGGUCUAAAGUAGCAUUACAUAUGAACUGGUGGUUGUAUGACUACCCUUUUAAUCUUUUAUUUUUUUAUCUUUGUUGUCCUUCUGCCUAUUCAGUGGAGUUUGUCCUCUUAGUCAAGUUUGUCUGGUUGUGUUGUACUCGCAGGCAUGUUUUAAGAGGCCUAUUACAUCAUUUUUAUUAUAUUUGGUCUUCACCUUGCUAAAUUCCACAACUGUAUGAUUUCUUGACUUCCUUUCUUUUAUUUUAUUUAGUCCAGAUUGCUUAAUAUUACCUGCUGCUUAGCUGUUGAUUUUGGGUGCAGUUGGACAGUUGGAUGAGCUUUCAUAUCUCAUCAGAAAAGUUUUUCCACAACCUCUUCUUGGCAAAGUUUAAAUACAAUUUUAUCAUGACAGUCCUGGCACGUCGUGUGUGUAUGUGUGUGUUUAUAAUUAUUUUGGUAAUAAUUUAGAGCUGGAGUGUAACUUUAGCUUAAUGAAGCCGUUUUGGUGUAAGAUCAUACCUCUGCAGUCUUAUUGCUCGAUUCUUUGUCCGUUAGUAUUUUACUUGAUAUGAGUACCUCUGGGGGCCUUGUGGCAUCAUAACUUAAUUUAGAUGAAGUUGUUUUGAUGCCUGUAGUGUCCCUUUAAACCUCUAGUUCUACAACAGUUAGAGGUAGUUGACUUUUUGUCAACCUCUGAUUUAAAGGAAGGUUAUAACUUGUAGUUUGGCUAAGCGCCAUGAGAGAUGGUGGCCUACCAGUUGACUAUCCCAUAAUACAUUGCUUGCAGUUUAAACCCUUGUAAUGAACCCUGUCAGGUGCAAAUAGUGAAAUCUAACCCAUGGGCUAAUCUGGUUGAACCAUAGACCACAACUAUCUGAUAUACACUAUAAAGAUAGAAUUUCAAACUUGAAUUUCUGAAUGAAAUGUGGUUUGUACCAAAGAAGUAAACUUUUUUUUUUUUUUUUUAAUAUAUGCAGUGUUUGAAGUAUUUAUUGAAUAUUGCAUUGCUUCAGGAGCAGUGAACUGUUCAUACAUUCCAAACUGAUUUUUUACUCUUUGUACGCUUGCUCCAUUUACCUUUGGGAAUAUUAUUAUUUAAUAUGGGAUUGUUAGACAAUGUAUCUCCACAGCUUAUAAUAAGUCAAAAUUCUUUAGUUAUCUUUAAUUUGCCUUUUUAAAACACUGUAAUCCAAAAAUAUGCAGAAUUUAGAACACAAACGUGUAAUGUAUGGGCAAUGAAAAAAACUAAAGGAUGAGCAAAAAUCCCAAAUAAACUUAAAUAUAUCUGCCUGUCUGUCAGAACUGUGAUUAUUUUUAUCAAUUAUCUUGGUGAGUAACACACAGGGUUAUUUACUAAAUUGAGAAUUCAAAGUGAAAUGCAUAUUUAAAGGGUUAUUUCAAGCACAUUGGCUACGUCAGGGUUUUGAAGUAGUCACGGUGGCUAGUAUCUGUAUGUGCCGCAUUUUGCUGUAGUGGUUAUGUUGCUUGGAGUAACAAUGCCGGAGUAGGCUAACUGGAAGCAUAGCUGAAAUGUUCUUGGAAUUCUCCCUUUUUUAGAUAUCCCUGACUGUUGUAAAUUGCAGAUACAGUGUCGAAUUUCUGAUGGUUUAGUAAAGUGCAGAAAUAUCUGGUUCAGUAGUUGAUCUAUAUAUUGCUCCAACAAGGUGAGACCUUGGACUUUGCAGACAUUUAGAAUGAAGAUCCUCAGGCAAAGUAAACCUCUUAUUGAAUGUGUUCACUAAGACGGACAGUGCCUAAAGGCCUUUUGGACAAUUACACCAUUUGCAUUUGUAUUCACUAAUAUACACAAUGCCUAAGGAUCUUCUCUGUAUGGUUGGCCAGUGCAUUCAUGUCUUUAACAAAGUAAGCCACUGGAUAGGCACGCCCAUUAAGCAGAUCUUUAAAAGUUGGAAAACGUGUUCUAUGGGGGUCACAGGUCUGCCUCUUAGUGUAUUUUCCUUGUUUCUUUUGAGUCCUGGAAAUAUCACAAACAAAUCUAUAGAUUUCGAGAUUAUUUGGAAGCGGUAUUAAUCUGGGCAGCGGAUCUAUGCCUUGGUUGUUGUACAGAGUAAUUUACUAAAACGUGACCUGGGGGAAUUCGAAGUGAAUUGCAAAUGUUGGGCUGAAAGUAAGUGAAAAACUGAAAACAAAUCUCAAAGCCAGCUAAUGUUUUCCAUUGUUUUUGAUUUGAAAUGCACUUUGAAUUACAGACAGUCCUAGUGAAUAAGCCUGGUGGUUUUUACUGUUGGAGACUAAAGUAGUCAAUGAAAUUAAGUUUGCCAUCGCAUGCUGUAGUGUCAUACUCCUUCACUGAUACACUAGGGCCUAGCUUGAACCAUUAAAGGCUCUGUAUAUAGUCAUCUGCCAAACAGAUUAUCAUCCAUUUAUUGAUUCAGGAUUUCUCCAAUGAACUCCCUUCCGGCAAUCUACAGUCAUACUGCUUAAAACAUUACUCCACUCCAGCCUAUGCUUGGCGUAACACAUGGUAAUCCGAGACCUGUUUGCUGCUGUGCAGUCAUACAAAUUCCAAAUACUUUUGCUGCUUGGAACAGCAGUUUGAAAGUGGAACAGUGAGUGUGGCUCAGAGGACCUGGUUAUUGUGAUGAUUACAUAACUUGUGUUGUAUAAAAUACAGCUCAAAGUUGCCCUCUGGCUUCUAGUCACUUUUUGUGACUGUUUUUCUUUAAUCAAUGAGAAAAUGCUCCAAGAUGCAUUUGUUUGCCUGUGAUCAGCUGUAUUGAUCAUGUAUAUGUAUAUCCUCCUGAAUUCUUCAAUAUAAACUACAGGAGGACAAAUAUCAGCCAGUUCUUUGUUUUAGUGAUAAUUAAAGUAGGUAAAUCACUUUCGUUGAUAAAUGGGUGUUCACUGAAAAGCUUUUAUUUCAUUUAUUUUUAAUCAUCAUGCUUAUUUUAUAAGGCAAGUAGAUUGAAAAGCGGUAGAUCUCAGUGCUAUAACAGGAAGCGUGAAGAUAUGACGCAUCAUGCACAAACUCACGAGUUUUCUAGUAGAAAGUUGUAGGUGGCAGGUAUUGCAUUAUUGAUUUUGGUAGUUCCUAGUUUGAAUCUUAAUUAGAGGAGCUACAUGCUAAUGGACAGUUAAUUGAUGAGCAGUUAGGCUUUUUGUAAUUGCCAAGCAUGGUGUCUAUGGAAGUCUUUGUAGUCCGAAAGACUGUAUAUUGUGUAAUUAAAGCAGUGAACUAAGGGCUUGGUUCUGUGGCAGUGAUUAGAGCAGAGAGUAAGUUAAGGAUUGUGGUGUUUGGCAUCUAGACUGUGUGUGCUGCUUGAAAUGCUGAAAUAAGAUUUUAGAAAAGAAACAGAUGGGAAGGCGCAGUGUAAAUACGGUGGGAAUUAGUGAGUAAUCAUGGUGAAAUGGAGAAACCCAGGUGUGCAUGUUGAGACAGAACAAAAAAUGCAGAAACCUUAUAGGGGUGUGAGCAGCGUAAAUCUCAAGUGACCGUGCUUUGUCAAAUCCUGUAUCCAAUGACAUCGCUGUAUCAGUGUUACUUCUGUGAGUGUGCAUCAUUAGAGAUGGUUUGAAAUCACAUAUUGUCUGUUUCAUUUAUAUGUUCAUUUUGCCUUAUACUGUACGUAUGGGUAACCUUUAAUACUACUAUUUUUCUUGUAUUCUUGCAGGUGCUGCAUUUGGACCAAUAUGACAGGUUACUAUUUGUGAUGAGCUUAUGCAGAGUCCUUUAGUCAAGUGAGUUUUUUUUUUUUUUUUUUUCAUUCUUUUGACCGUUUGUGAUGCCUGCCACUUUGGGUUUUUUGGUACACUUCAGGCAAGGGGGGGGGGAAAUAACAUUUGAAUACACUAUAUAUUGUGCUCGAUAAAACCAGGGUCAUAUGUAGGUAGUGGAAAUGCACUCAACCCUUCGUCCUGGAAUCCUGGGUGCUGCACUGGAUAAGUCCCAGUACCAAAAGGACUAAAUAUGAAGUUUGAAUGUAGAAAAUAAUCCAGGCACUCCAAAGAAUUCCAAAGAAUAGGCAGUUUUAUUGGAACCAGGAACCAGAAAACAAUGUUUCGACCCCUUAGGGGCUUUGUCAAGCUUGACAAAGGCCCUAAGGGGUCGAAACAUUUUCUGGUUCUUGGUUCCAAUAAAACUGCCAUUUCUUUGGAGUGCCUGGAUUAUUUUCUACAUUCAAUAAAUCCAGGGUAUCUUAAUGACACAAAAACGGAACCUAGUACCAAACAUUUGCCCUCCUGUCAAGAUAGUUCCACACAUCUUCUCUGAGUGCUUCUUAUCAACAAUGAGAAGUGAGAGGGGACUGGAGGUCUAUCUGUGGUGUUGGUGUAAGAGCUGUCUUCCUCUGUAUCGUGUGGCAACAGAGAAGAAUAUCCUCGACUAAAAUCGUGACCAAUUGCUCUGAAAAGACCUGCAAUGGCAUCACAUGCUCUUGGUACUAUUUCGGAAUGUAGCACUCUGUAGAGACAGCAUGGUUCUGAACUAGACCCUGGGUACAGAGCUAUUGUCCUCCCAUCUUUUCUCUCAGAUCAUCACCUGUAAAAAAAUAAAAAAUAAAUUCUAGGGUUAUUUGUCAUACAUUUUUUGUGUGUGCAUAUGCGUAUGCAUUUUUAUUUGAAGACUUUCACAAAUCUUUCAAGUAUGGCUGUCCAGUAGAGAUUGAGAUUGCACACUUCCAUGGAACAGAGUCUGGUGUUCAGAAAACCCAACAAGAACACAUUCUCAGCAUUGAAAAAAAUAAUAAUUAAUGAAGACAAAACACAAAAGUCAAGAGAAAUAUAUAGGGAUACCUUGUUUUGUGUGUAUAUGUAUAUAUAUAUAUAUAUAUAUAUAUAUAUAAUUUUUUUUUUUAAAGCUUGUAGAUUCGACACAAAUUUUUCCAGCUAACUAAGUAUGUGGUUUGCCCAACACGUUGCUUUUUUGUAAUCCCUUAAUAAAUAAAAAGGAUUUAUGCUUUUAUUAAGUGUUCUUGCAUAGCAAGACCACUUAAUGUUAUCUCACAUAUAUAUUGUUCUUAUUCUUAUUAUAGCCAAAUUUACCACCCUAACUCCUCCCACAGUUUUUACACUACAUAGACAGUAAUAUACCGAAAUGUGCGGAUUGUUCUCGAUCGGAUUGCUAUUACUUUGUGGAACGUUUCGCCGAAUGGUUCACGGAAUAUCGUUGUUCUUGUGGGGAAAUUGGUCCCAUAGGAAUGAAUGGCAAAAUGUUCAAAACUAGAGUGGGAGCUGGCAAAAGCUGAAAAAUCAGGACCACUCCCUCAUUUUCAAGCCCACCUACACAAAAUAUAUAUCAAAACGUUCAGCUAUCCCUGCUGCCACUAAUAAUGUCCACGGCUAAGCCAUAGUCCUGAUAGUUUUCACGAUAUGACCAUGUGUUUGCAACUCACGCUGCCCAUUGACAUUCAUUGAAACUCCACUCCAGCCAGCUUAAAUUUGAAGGGCAAUUUCUAAACUGCGACGGUGCCUACAUGUUUAAUACUUCAGAGACAUACUAUGCAUCAAAAUGUAGGUCUGGGUCUUGUGAUUCUCACAAUAUAAAGCUCUUCGCUGUAGGAUUUAUAGUUUUUUAAAAUACGACCGUUUGAAGAUGGCAACCGCCAAAAUACUCUGACCUGUGCCGGGCUGGAGCAGCAAGUGAUGUCAUGGACAGGGCCUUUUGUACACCUGCUAAUGUUUUUAUAAAUGUAUGGUUUAAUGUAACUGUGCAACAACGUUGCAAUUAAAUGUGCCAUAUAAUGAUAACAGUUACUCCGCCCACUCCAGUUGUAGACUACUGGUGGAGGCAAGAACACUUCACACAGUUUCCCCAGAAAUUUUAGCUUUUCUAGUUUUUGUUUUUCUUGUUGGAGUGCAUUCAAUUAUCAGGGGUUUUUCUUUUUUAGUAUUUAAUUUAAAGGGACAAUAUGGCACCCAGAGCACUUCAGCUCAUUGAAGUGGUCUGGGUGCAGUGUCCCUGUCCCCUUAACCCUGGGCAGAUAAAUAUUGUAGUUUUUAAGAAACUGAAAUAAUUACCUAGCUAGGCUAUCUACCAACCCUCUACUAGAGGGACUUCCGGGUAUGUAUGAGGACUUCCAGCGUCACCCGAAACCCAAAGGAAAGCAUUGUGUAAUGCUUUUCUAUAGAGGAAGUCCUAAUGUGAGCACAGCCAUUGCCGACAUCAGAGGAGCAGAGGCGGAACCUGAACCAACGCCAAGGGACAUUGGCGCUGGAAUCAGUAAAGUCACAGAAAAGGUUUCUAAUCCCUUCUGCAGCACGUAAGAGGUCCGCAACUGAGAGGGACAUCAUAGGGAGCUAAAGUGCCAGGACGACAGCUUUGUUUUCCUGGCACUAUAAUUUUCCUUAAAGGAUUAGUAAUUUUUCACCCCCUGAACAACCUGUGAGGACUUGCGUGCCCUACUGUGAUGAGUAUUGGACUAACUCUGCAAUAAUAAGCUGUGGUGGUAGUGAUGGAUCAUUUUUUGUCCUUUGUGCAAAUUGUUUUUGUAGACAUGAAUACGAGCUACUUGGGCAUCCUUGUGUACAUGUGCAGGACAAUCAGAAAUCUAACUGGGUAAACAGGAUCAAUCUUCUCCAGAAUCAUUAAAACUCAAAUUGAACUAUAAUUCUGGAAUUGUCUGCCUUAUGGCUCGACAAGAUCACCAUAAUGUUGAGAAAUCACCUUUCAGCACAUGCCUAUAGUAGUGAAGUCCAUUGCAGCUGUAGUGCCCUGAAUUUCUACCAACUUAUAUUAUAAGUCAUGCAUAUAAUAUAUGUGGACAAUAAGAGAUGCAACAAAUCAUGCCUAUCUUUUAGAACCAGACUAAACAUAUAAAGACUAUUUGUUUAUGAAACACUGAUAGAUCUGCUUAAAUUUUUAUGUAUCAGUUGCAAUAUUUUGAUGUUAAAAUGUGUUUCUCUUUAACUACAUCACAUGCUUCUUACACUUUUUUUUUUUUCAACUUUCUUUAUUUACUAGAUGGUUUCUUCAGAAUUCUCAGGAUGGCUGUAAUCGUACUGGUGUAGAAACUGUCAAUUUAUUCAUUACCCUGCCAAGAACAUUCCACCAAACUUGUAGGAGAUAUGUAUUGUUCACAGCAGCUAAGCAUUGAAGAAAUCUCACUCCGCAACACAGAAACUUUGCAUUUCUCCCCCUAGUUAAGUGUAUUGGAAUUUCAUAUGAGCAUUCUUCCUUUAUUUUUUUUAAACUUUACUUUUUAAAAUGGAUGAGAUGGAAAGUAACCUUUCUUCGGAUAAGAGCAAUGUCAAAGAAGAACAAGAAGACGAUUUAAACUGUGACCUAGAUAAUGUGCACAUAAAAAUGGAACCUGAUGAUCCGAAACAAACAGAAAGCAGUGAUGAACAUGAAGAUAAAGAACACUGUGCUGAAAAUUCAAAUACCUUUUUGUCCAAUGAAAAUGACGAUGACUAUGGUGCCCUGUUUUCCCAGUAUACUACUACACUCUACGAUGCUGCAAUGGAGGCUGUUACGCAAAGCAUCAUUACAAAUAAGAACAUCAGCAAUCGGAAAAAAUCUCCAGCCUGGAACCAUUUUUUUAUUUCUCCUCGGGACAGUACCAAAGCAAUAUGCCAUUACUGUAUGAAAGAGUUUAGCAGGGGAAAAAAUGAAAAAGACCUUAGUACAAGUUGCCUCAUGAGACACGUAAGAAGGGCUCACCCUAGAGUCCUUGUCUCUGAUAAUGAAAAUAUGCCAGGUAUAUCAUCCUACUCUCCUCCUACGUUACUUCUACCUCCGCAGCCUCCAGAUGUUGUGGAAACGAUUGCGACUCCUACAAAAAUUAGGAAGCUGUCUUCAAAAAUUUCACCCACAGAAAAGUUGGUGGAAGACUCAGUUGCCGUCUUAUCCUCAGAUGAGAUGUCUUCAGACUUGUCCAUUUCAGAUAAAAUUAGCAAAGAGGAUGUUGCUGUCAUUUCUCCAGGGUCUUUACCUAACAACCAAUGUGAUGAUACAGGGGAAAACCUGACAGAAAAAAGUAUUCCAAUUCAGAAAAAUUCAUCUGGUUCCAGAAGACGUUCUGCAGUCUGGAAGCACUUUUAUUUAUCUCCAUUGGAUAAUUCAAAAGCUGUUUGUAUUCACUGCAUGAAUGAAUUCAGCAGAGGGAAAAAUGGAAAGGACCUUGGUACAAGUUGUUUAAUAAGACACAUGUGGAGAGCACAUCGUUCAAUUGUUUUACAAGAAAAUAGCAGUGGAACAAAUUUGCCACCUCCAUAUUCUGUGCCACCAACACUGUUACCAUCUCUUUUACCCACUGAUUGUGGAGAGAUCAGUUCUGCUGCGGUCUCUCCUGGCAAAAUCAUAAAAGAAUCUACUUCAGAACCUUCAUCUCCAGAUAGGGUAUCCAAGGACCUACAAUGCAAUGCCCCUAAUGGUGACUUAUUAAUUGAUGAUGGAGCAGCAGUUCUACGUUCCUCCACAAAUACUGUGGAUUCAUUGAUGUCUUCUCCUGAAAAACUUAACGAGAGUGCUACAGCAUAUGAGCCACCCAUCAUUUCUCCUCAAAAUAAAAAAGUUAUGAAACGGCUGAAAUCUGAAGUAUGGCACCAUUUUUCAUUAUCACCAAUUGAUAACUUGAAAGCAAUUUGCAGAUAUUGCAAUUGUAUGAUCAGCAGGGGUAAAAAGGGUGAUUUGGGAACCAGCUGUUUAAUGAGACAUCUUUACCGAAGACAUCCAGAAAUACUAUUAAACCAAAAAAGCUUUAUGGAUGUUGGUUUAGCUAAUUCACCUUACGCUACAUUGGCCUCUGCGGAGUGCUCUUCUUCAAAAAUCCCAGAAUUGCCGACAGUAGUGACUCGCGAUCAGAUUGUCUUACCUACAAACAGCAAGAAGACCUCAAAACUGUGGAAUCACUUCUCAAUUUGUUCAGCAGAUUCUACUAAGGUUAUAUGCAUGCACUGUGGGCGCACAAUUAGCAGAGGGAAAAAACCGACCAAUUUAGGCACUAGCUGCCUCCUGAGACAUUUACAGCGCUUCCACAACAAUGUACUGCAAAAUAACGGUGUUCCAGACACAUUACCAUCAGCAGAUGGACACACAUCUAUAAACACAGACCUAACAGCCACCUCCUCAUUUGACGAAACCAAUGACAAAUUUAGUGACUCUCACCCAGUUGCCAAAAAAAUCACAAGUCUUGUAGCUGAAAUGAUGGCACUUGAUCUUCAGCCAUACUCAUUUGUAAACAAUGUUGGUUUUAACAGACUGCUUGAAUACCUUCAACCUCAAUACUCCUUACCAUCCGCUUCUUAUUUUUCCACAACUGCUAUUCCAGAUAUGUAUGAAAAUGUGAAACAGGUAAUCUCCUCACAAUUGAAAGAAGCAGAGGGUGGUGUAAUUCACUUCACAGCUGGAAUCUGGAUGAGUAGCCAGACACGGGAAUAUUUAACACUCACUGCUCACUGGGUAACAUUUGACUCUUCCUUCAGGCCACACAGCAACGAUUACCAUUGUUCAGCACUUCUACAUGUAUCACAGAUUGACUGUGACUACAAUGGGGUCAGCGUUCAAAAACAUCUGGAAUAUUUAUGGGACUCGUGGAUCACCUCAUUCGGCCUUAAAAUGGGCAUCACUGUAACAGAUAAUCAUAGCAUAGGGAAAACAUUAAACGAGAGUGAACAUUCAAGUGUGCAGUGCUUUGGCCAUACUGUGGAUCUUAUUGUAAAUGAGGCAAUUAAGAGUCAACGAAUGGUUCAAAAUCUUCUGAGCAUUGCAAGAAAGAUCUGUGAACGUGUUCAUCGGUCAACGAAAGCAAAAGAAAAAUUGUCAGAGUUGCAAAAUGAAUAUGGACUGCCUCUGCACUCACUCAUUCAAGAUGUUCCUUCAAAGUGGAAUACGUCAUUUCAUAUGUUGGAGAGGCUGAUUGAGCAGAAGAGGGCAAUUGAUGAAAUGUCCAUUGAGUGCAACUUCAGGGAGUUAAUAAGUUGCGAUCAGUGGGAAGUGAUGCAGUCUGUCUGCCAUGCUCUGAAACCUUUUGAAGCAGCCAGGAGAGAAAUGAGUAUGCAUAUGGCUACCUUAAGUCAGGUGAUUCCGAUGAUCCAUAUACUAAAUCGAAAGAUAGAGAUGUUGUUUGAGGAAACAAUGGGAAUUGAUACAAUGUUGAAAUCCCUUAAAGAAGCCAUGGUUUGUAGACUAUCAUCAACUCUUCAUGAUCCAAGAUACAUUUUUGCAACUCUCUUGGAUCCUCGGUACAAGGCUUCCUUAUUUGCAGAGGAGGAGGCCGAGGAAUAUAAACAAGGAUUAAUCAGGGAACUGGAACUACUAAAUUCUACCUCAGAUGACAUGCCUGUUCUUAAUGGGUGUCUCAAAAGUUCACCACCUAAAACUAAUGUUGAAGAAAAUAUUUGGUCGCUUAUGGCUAACCUAAAAAAAUCGAAAACUAUAAAGGAAAAGUUACCCGAAGAUAUUGUGUUUGCUUAUUUGGAAGAGGAAGUGCUUGAGCACAACUGUGAUCCUUUAACUUACUGGAAUUUAAAGAAAUCUUCAUGGCCUGCUCUAUCAAAGCUAGCUGUUCGAUUUCUAGGUUGUCCCCCAAGCAUUAUUCCUCCUGAGCGGCUGUUUAACACCUCAAAUGAAAAUAGUCAUUUUAACCAAACUCGGUCAAUGAUGGAACAUUUCGAACAGCUCAUCUUUUUGAAAGUUAAUCUUCCUUUAAUUUACUUUCAGUAUUGAAACCAACCAAUUGUCAGGUGAAAACUAUUGUUGCUUACUGAAUAAUUAACUGGUUUUUUUCUAAGUUUUUAUUAAAUUGCUCCACAGGGGUCAUGUAAGACAUCCAAUCAGUAACUGUAAUUUUUUUAAUUACGUUCCAAUGUUUUCGCUUUAAAUAUAGUCUACAUGUGCCUUACUCAGUUUUUCAAUCGGCCAGAUCUUGUACAUAUCAUUUUUUAUUUUAUUUUUUCCUGUUUGUUUUUAACCUUAGCAAGUCUCUUGUUUUUAUUUUUGUUUUUAUAAUUCUUAAAGAAAAGUAGGUUUUAGUCUUCAUAUUUGUAAAUACAUAUGUAAAAAGUGAACUUUGUUUGUUAUAAUAGAACGGCAAAAAAAAGAUGUAAACAGUUUUAUUUUGUAGUUUUUCUCUUCAAUUAUAUAUAAAAAAUUUAAAGGUAC